CUAUUUGGAGUUUCAUCAUACGCUCCAAUCGAAGGUUCUUUGCGUGCAAAGGCAUUAGCGAGACCUCAUGACACGAUAAUGACAGCUAAAAAUUUUUUACUCUGGGGGAACAGGAGCGUGCAAUAACGCGUGAGAAUAGUGAGUUUUCACUAUUCAACUCUAGGGUUUCCCCGUUUAAGACCCAACACCCUCAUAAUGAUUCUGAUAAGAACCGCACCUUUCUUCCAGGUGGAGUAAAACCAUUGGUUGUUUCGGCACAUCGGUUUUCUCUUUCUGAAACUUUCAUUCUUUCUCUCUCUACACAUGGAUGCAUGGUUAAAUGUUAUGACAUGGCCAUGGUCAUAUCUUUUGUUAAACAUAUGCUUUUUUUUUUUUGGAGCUGGUGAUUUCAAGACGACAACAUAGACCCUCCUUUCAAGGACAAAAGAUGAAAACUCUGUUCUGUCUACCCUUUGUAUUUCUCUCUCUCUAAAGAAUCGAAAAACCUCUCCUUUGUUAAGCUAGGGUUUCUCCAAACUUCGCACUCAAAUUCUACACAUCAAGCUUCAGAUCUCUUCAAAAAGAUUGAACCUUCUUUUUGGUCGCUCAAUUUUCUUUCUUUUGAUGCAAUUUUCUCCAUUGGCCGUGAAGAAUCGACGAUGGGUUGGUUUUAGAUUGUCUUAGCUGAUAGCUAACUCGAAUAAAGUUACCCAAAACAUGGAGAGUACUAUAGCGGUCAUGGAAACUCAUCAGAGUUGCAGUUCUAAUCUUGUUGCCAAGUCUGUGGAAUCACCGAUAAGGAUUGAUUCAAUAUCUAUUGAUCUCAUCAGUGCUAAUGAUGACAUUGAUACUAGCAAGUGUGAGCAUUUUUCUAUUCGCGGAUAUGCAUCUGAGAUGCGCAAUAAAGACUGGAAGAAAUGUUGGCCGUUUGCAUUAAAUGGUGGCCAGAAUAUAUCUGAAGAACAAAACUGUAAGCUUCCUCCUUUACUUGUUCCAAAGUUCAGAUGGUGGUGUUGCCAAAACUGUCUGCAGGAAAGUAGAGCUAAAGGCAGUGAAAAUGAAGAAAGAACUGUUGCUAAUAGUAGUGGCAAAUUGAAAUCCUUUGACUCUUCUCCUCAUGUGUCGUCUCAUGGUGAAGCUGCGACAUGGUUAUCAGAUUUGCAGCCAGACGGAAAGAUUAAUGUUGAAUCCAGGAAACAUAAUGCUAAUGCUUGUGUGGAUGUUAAUAGCAGUGACCGUCAUCCUUUAUAUAGUGAUAAAAGUGAAAAGAAAGAUGAAAUCGCAAGUAUACCAAUCAUAGGGAAAACAGAUGUAUUUGAAAAUAACAUUGUUAAUAAGGAAAUCCAUGUUUCAAAAUAUGCUAGCCUUAUGCAGCAAACACAUCAUGUAGAUGACAAAGUGGCUACUCUGCAAUUUCAUAAGCCCGAUUUAAAAGAUAAUGAAAUUGCUGGUUUCAAGAUUCCUGAUUCAAACCUGAAGUGCAUGGUUAAGGAUGCCACUGAAACAUGUCAAGCAGGACAACAUGCUUCCGCCUAUGAUCAGCAGAUGGAGUUAGUGAAAACUUGUGGAUCCUAUGGGACAGCCAGUAUGGUUAAUGGGGUUCCUGAUGCUAUCAAGACUCGUACAAGCAAACAUCCUUCAUUGGAAUUAGAUGAUCGUGAUUAUGCAUCAUCUGAAAGUGCCGGGAUAUUGGCUGGAACUGCUUCUGGCAGCUUGCAUCGAAGAAAAACCCGUAAGGUGCGUCUGCUGACUGAAUUGUUGGGUAAAAGUGGAGAUGAAAAAACUGAUCUUACAAGCACAGAAGAUUCUGCUUCCAGUGCCAUUCCUGAUGCAUCUACAGGCAUAGAUUCAAUAGUUGCUCCCCAAGAUGAGGUUAAUUUCCAAGGAAAUGUUACGAGCAGUUUGACUCAUAGUAGGAAAAGAAAGUUGCCACAGUAUGAAGAAUGGAGACCUGGGGAAAUAAGCUCUCCAAAUAACGGGCAUAAAAACCUUAGGACCUUCAACAGCAGUGCUGAAACUGCUGAUAGAAUUGCAACUUCUGAUUCAGAAGGUACAGUUAAUGGAAGUGGCUCUCAAACUGGUGCAAAGAGCCAUUUGGUUAACUUUAAAGUUGAUAAAAGUCCUAUUAUGGGGAAGACGAAAAAUAAAAAGACCCAUAACUUUGAUGAACAUUUGUCCUUGAGUCUGUCUGGAGAAAAUCUGCAAAAGGAAAGGCAGAAAAAGCCUGGAGAUGCUACUAAGAGUAAUGCUGGUGAUAUUGUUCUGUACAAAUCAAAUGAUGUAUCUACAGGCAGUGGGUUGGAUCCCUCUCCUGAAUGUGCCCAAAAUUCAGAAAAAAAAUCUAAUUUAUUGAAGAAAAAGAGCAAGAUGCAUCAAGAUAAUGAUGGGCAGGCUUCUCCAAUUCCUUGGAACAAUGCCAUACUCAGAGAAGGUCUGACUUCAAGGAAAGAUGUAGAAAUAAGACAAAUUGGGUCUGUUGCUGUUCCACUUAAAGUAACCCGAGAUGCACCAGCUGAAAAAGGAAUGCAUUUUUCUCUUAAUAAUUUCUUGCCUGCUAAAAUAUAUGAUAGAAAAUAUAUUACUCCAAUCAGGGAUGGGCUACCAUCUUUAUUUCCUUGGCAAGGGCAUGUUCUCAAUGAAUAUGAGAUUGGAAGGAAAGAUCUAAAGAUGAAAUAUGUUGGAGACUCUAGUUUUCCAUCUAACUCUGACCUAGAUGCCUAUCAUUGGAAGGGAAUGCAUGUUGAUCUCAACAGUAACCGAACUACAUACAGAAUGCCAUUCCUGAAUGAGAAGCAAAAGCACAACUCUCGUGCUGAAGUUGGGAGUUGUUCUCUAAUUCAGCAAAUGGAUUACAGUGGUACAAGCAACAAUGGGAAAAUAGCGGAGCAUCAGGAGCCUUCAACAGUUGCUAGGAAACAUUAUGAUCAACAAGUUGAAAUGCAAUCUGAGCAAGGAGCUUUAGAUGACAUACCCAUGGAAAUCGUUGAACUCAUGGCAAAGAAUCAGUAUGAGAGGUGUCUUCCUGAUACUGAAACUGAUAAACCGCUACCCGAAACAACAAAUAAAACCAUAUAUCAUCAGAGGGUGGAUCUUAAUAAAGUAUAUGAAAAUGAAGAGAUGAGCCUGUUUCAUGAGACCACUCAUAAACCAAAACCUCGAGCUAAAAACGGAAGAAUUGGCAAAAUUAUAAGAGGUGAUAAUGUGGGAACCAGCAGACAAAAUUCUGUUGAUUAUUUCUCUCAUAUGGACCAAAACUCGUACACUAUGAGCCAACUGGAACAAAGUUAUUCCCCUGCAGGCUUUAGGCCAUUUCCUCUAUGUGUAGAGAAGCCAUUGAAUGCAGUCCAAGUUUCUUCCACCAAUUCGAGCAGGCAAAACAGUUCUCAAAAUUGCCAGUGGUUUGGGAACAUGGUUGGGCAGAGGUCCUCUCAUGCUAGCAUGCAAGCAUUGGGAGUUUGUAACACAUGCCAGAGUGCUCCAGUGCAGAAUAAAGAAGCAGCUCAUCUAUGGCCAUCAACGAUACCAAAUAACAUGUCCUAUCUAUACCGCAUCCCUCAGAAGUGUGCAGAUCAGGUGGCAAAUAUAGAUUUGCUUUCACAUUGCCCCAGCAAUCUGCCCAAGGGAAAUAUGAGUGGAAAUUAUGAUCGGCACUUCCUAAAUCUGGCUUCAAACUUUGAUAAGCAUAGUAGGAAGUUUGAUUCUGAUGUCAUUGGAAGGACACAUACAGAAUACCCAUUUGCGUGCAAACAUAAUGGGAUGGGGUCAUUAGAUCUGUAUUCUAAUGAAACCAUACCAGCCAUGCAUUUGCUUAGUCUUAUGGAUGCAGGGUUACAGUCAGGAGCACCAGUUGAUGCGGAUGGAAAGCAAAAAUUUGUUAAAAAAGCUUCCUAUCUUCAUGGUAAUCACUCUAAAGAGUUUUCAAGCCUGCCAUCUGGAGGAUAUAGGAUCAAUUCGAUGAAACAUCCAUUGUGUGAUUGUUAUGGUAAAAGCCACCAACCUGAGAGUUUCUGUGAAUGUAUGUCAGCCACUCCAGCAGUCGCUCCUUCUACUUCUACUUCUUCAUUCCAGCAUGAUAAAAGUUUCAAGAAGGCAAUUGAUUUUACGGGUCAAUUUUCACUGAAGUCUAGAGAGAAAGAGAAGAAAAAAUGCUCAGACUCACAAAGGCAGAAUAGAAACCGCAGAUCACAAAAAACCGUAUUUUCAAGUAGUGGUUUAAAUACGACUUGUGGAUCUAUUCCUGUUCAUAGUAUGCAAAAACUUGUGCUUGGCACUUCAGAUUUCAUGAUGUUUCCCAUACAGCUUCAUGCAAUUGAGAGUGCAACAAAACAGAAGCAGGAGGCUCGUACUAUGAAUGGCGCUCUUUUCCAUCCAAAAAGUGGUUCAGAGAAUAAAAUAUGCUGCAUUAAUAGAAACCCUGCUGAUUUUACUGUGCCUGAAGCCGGAAAUAUGUACAUGAUUGGAGGUGAAGACCUAAAAUUUGGAAGGGAAGCUACCUCUUCUGGCUUUGUGAAAUUGGUUGGGCACAAGCGUCAGAGGAAGCUUACUGUUAAAAAAAAACAUUCACGAAAUCGAACUUCAUGAGGCUGUUGUCAUUAUAUAUGUGCUGCAGGCAAAAUCUGAAGCACCUUCCCUGAUGCUGCAAAACAAGAAAAGGUUAAAAGCUUUAUGAAGUGUCAGACAUCAAACCAAUCACCUUUCGCACACAAGUUGAUUUUUUUUUCUCGAGCUGAAAUUGUUCUAUUUGCAUUGGCAUUUUCCAUUUCCAAGGCUGAGAACAUGAUAAAAAAAUGCUAGGUGCAUGGCAAGGCCUGUAAAUAUUUGCAUAUGCCUCAAAUCCAGCAAUACCAUAUUCAAUGUUGUAUGCCGGUAUUCUCCUGGACAAGGGCUUGUAAAACCUAAAUACUGUCCUUUAUUAGUACUCAAAAGGGCUUGUUUGUCGCUUAAAUAAUUUGGUCUAUGCUCCAUUCUUGAGCAGCUUGUGGGAGUGGAAACAGAGAACAGGCAAUUAGUUAUAAUAUAUGCUCUGAAGCUUGAAUUUGAA